UCAUUGUCGCAAACUCAUUUGAUGUAACUCAGUUACGAGUGAAUCCUGAACUUGCUGAAAUCCAAACCUUUAAUGAUCCCAAAAGAUGGUCUGAUGCUAACCUUCCGUGGGAGUAAGCCAAAGAGACCUGCUAACUUCCCUAGAGGACCUGAGAAUCUUCUUGCAUUUGAGCAAAAGACGAUUAAGGAGUUAAAAGACUCCUUUGAGGUUGGAAAAGCUAAGAUUAAGUGUACUAUUUAUGGUGACGACACCGACUGGGCUUGGUAUUACUUCAGCUGCAAGAAAUGUAACAAGAAGGUCACACAUGUGCAAACACAAUGUAACAAUGCUGCAAUUACCACCAAAGCGAAGUCGCCGAAAUUUUGGGGUGAUGUAUGUAGGGCUGUUGUAACCAACGUACUCGCAAGGUACAAGCUUCACGUGAAAGUCAUGGAUAACACAGGUGAAACUAAACUCAUGUUUUUCGAUACUGCCGCUGCUGAUGUUGUCUCUGAGAGUGCCUACACGGUUCUUAAUGGUUCCUUCGAUGAGGUAUUAGUUGAAACAUUGGUAUAUUAUUAGAUACAUACAUAUUAUUCUUAUUUCUAUCACUUGAUAUUAUUCCAUCUUACAAUGUUGAUUUAUGAACCUGAGACCUUGCCAGACGCACUUAAAAUUUUGAAAGGAAAGACAUUCCAAUUUCUUGUGUGUAUUGAGAAAGAGAAUUUGUGGGAUGGUCUUGAAACCUACAAAGUCUCUACUGUUUUGUCUAAGCAUGGAAUGUUGGCGGAAGAACACACUCUUGAAGAAUCUGAUAACAAUUUGAGUCAUUCUAAGAUUAACUCGGAGAAUUUGGGGUUGGAGUUCACUUCUUUGAGCGAUGGUAGCCAAGAUGAUUUGUCACCUCCGUCCAAACGUUAUCUUGAUUUGAAAGAAGACCUCUUUGAUCAGUCUUCCAUAACAAAGAGAAAGUGUGUGCAAUCAUCUAAGUUGGCUGAUCUGGUGAACGUAUCUAUUGAUAAACGUGACUUUGAUGCAGUUGUGUCCGCUGAAGAUGAAGGUUUCAUUGAUGAUAAGAACAAUAUUGAAGAGGUUACUAUCACCAACGGACCUGUUGAGCGUCGUGGGCUUAAGCCCAAUCUGGUUCGAGUGAAGGUUGAGCCUAAUUAAGUAGUUUCUCAUUGGAUAAUGCUUGCUUCUUUUGUUUCCGAUUCCAAGUUUUUAUUUCUAGUUUUUAUCAUUCAAUAAUGCUAUCAUUCGA